AUGAACGAACCGCCACCGAUUUGUUUCACUCGAGGUGACAGCGAGCUGAAGGAAGUAGUGGAUAUCCUUGGCAACCUAGUUGAGAAGGGAGAAGGUGCCAAGCUUUAUUUCUACAAGCCAGAGUGGGAAAAGGGCUGCGACAUGACGGGAGGAACGUUUAAGGCAAAAGUGGAGUUGACUUUUUUUGCUUUCGCUUUGCUGGAAAAGAAAGUCUUUCCACCAAAGCUCGGCGUCAGUGCCACUGGCGCACACACGGCAGAGUUCUCUUCCGAACAGUGGAAGCCGCUGCGGAAAGCCACUCCGUCCUCAAGCUUCGACCGUCCGAUUCGCCAGAGGUUGCUGUCAGAGAGUCAGAGAGCUGAGACAUUCAGCGAGAGGGGUGCGAGGCAGCACACGGAGCAGGCUGACGAGUUUUUUGCCAAGUUAAUAGGUUGCAGCUAUGGCCAAGAGUUACGCAAUGACAGGGCAAAGUUGCAGCUGGCAAAAGAGCUAGAGAGCUUGAAGCAGCAGCCAGAAAUGUCCCGGCCCGCAGCGAAGAAGAAGCUCCAGAAGAGUACCAGGCAAGCAGAAGCACUGAGGCAAGAGACCGUCAUGGAGUUACGGCUGGAAGAAGCUGAGCACCUGGCGAGCUAUCUUGUGAUCCUGAGGAAUGGUGUCGUGGCAGCUCAGGGCUCGGUUCAAGCUUUGAAGCAUGAAUGGGGUCAAGGCUACAUGCUGAGCGUGGACUGCGAGAAGUCUCAGGAAGUCGAGGCCCAGGAGUUCAUCACGUCUCUCUUGGACCCCGAGGACCAGACGCCGGUCAAGUCGCAAAGGGACGGGCAGAAGACGUACAAGUUCUCCAAAGAUGAAGAAGCACUUGGGCAUCUCAUCAUCAGCAUAGCACGUGGGAAGGCAAAGCAUGGCAUCCGCCAUUGGGGGGUGUCACAAGCAUCCUUAGAGGAUGCUUAUGCUUUGAAGGAGGAAGGCGGCAGCACUGUUCGUGUUCUCCUGAAUGGCAAGAUGCUCCAGCCAGACGAGCCUGAGAAAAUGAAGCAUGGUGACUGUUUGAUCCUUGGCUAUUCGCAUGCCUUCCGUUUGGUGGAGCCAACACCCGAAAGAGUGAAACAAGCCGGAUCAUCGGAGUAUCUGCAAGUGGCGCGCAGCACCGUUCCAAAGCUGGACGUUUCUUCUGCAUUCGAGGAGGCUGUUUGUGUGGAAGGCAAGCAGUUGGAGGACUCUGGAGACAAGGUGAGUGCCUUCUCCUUCAUCAACAAUCUCAGCAACCGAGCCUCAGCAAGCACUGUCAAGAGCUUCUUGAGCGCCCUGCACCAUGUGCAUCCUUUGGUGGAAGAAGCGAACGUCAUCACUAGAGAGGUCUUUGGCAACGCCGAAUUGCACCUGGAGAUUCACACUCUCACGGACGUCCUGGACUUCCAAAAUGAUGCGCCAGAGAUUGUGAUUUGCUGCCUUGAGAAGCCCUCCCCACUUUCGCGAUUUCAGCAGACUGUCAACACGGUUCAGCAAUGCUUGCGGGACCCGAAUGCACCAACAUCUUCCCAAGAUUUGGCUGACAAGCGUUGGAUGUUGGGAAAGGCCAAGCAUCCCUUAGCCCACGCCAUGGGCCUUGACGAGCACAUGUCGAUUCGAGGGCAUGGCCACUUGCUGUCGAUCUUCUCUUUGGAAGACUUCUUGCAACGCCUCAGUGAAAUCAGAGACAUCUAUCAGGAAGCCUGUGAAACCGGCGAAGGCUUUGAAGCAAUGCGAUCCAAUUUGGCUGCACAUCCUUUCCAAAACCCUUGGCACCAGAGCAGCUUCACCCACACGAAAGUGUUGGCUGAUGAAGCUGCAUCGAUCAGGACCAGUCCCUUGCUGAGAUGGCUGCUGCGAAGUCCGCCAAAAGCACCCAUCCAGCAAGCUCCACCUCCAGGUGCCAGUCUUGGAACUACGAUUGCACAGGCUCCAGUGAAAGAAUUGCAACGAAGGCCAUCGAUUGCAGAGUCGGUGCAGUCUGCUAACAGUUCUGGCCACCUCUUUCCCGUUGACAUUCGCGCAAGUCAGGACAAGGACAAGCAGUCUCCGACCCCUCGCACUGGACAGACCACCAACAUCUUUGAGGUGGACAACAGCCCUAUUCCAAGUCUCGGCUCCUACUUGAAAGCGCUCCUCACGGACACGUCCAGUGCGGAUAUUUUGCUGGCAGUGAUGGAGCCGGGCGAAGGCCAAGAAUCCACCUUGGUUCAUGCUCACAGUAUUGUUCUGUCCCGGCUUCCAUUCUUCCGUCGAUUGAUUGCAGACCACAAGGCAAUGGGAAAGUCUCCCAUCAUCGUUCCGCAUGCCCUGUCCGUGUGCAUUUUGCGCCAGCUCUUGGUCUAUGCAUACACGGAUAGUGCCAAGGAAGCAACUGCCAAUCUUUCGCCCAACAUGCUUCGACAGCUCCAGAAGGCUGCCUCCAACUGCAGCAUGCCGGAACUCUGCAAGGCAUGCAUGAACAAGUUGAGUGGCACAGAGUCUGCUUCCGAGAGCUCUUCAGCCAAAGCACCAGGAGGCCCCUCCAGUCCAGGUGUUCGCCGUCGCAUCUCCAGGGGCUCGUCUCAACAGAAGGUUCGGGAAAUAUCUGGUCGGGAUCUUCCAGUACUUCUGAGCAAAAAGUCAUCUCUCAGCGACAGCUCGCAAGGAGGAAGCUUGAAGUUGAGGCAGCAACUUCGUGACAGCAAGCAGUUGGAAGCAAAGGUUGCAGAAGGCAAAGGUGCUUCAGAUGCUGGAAGUUCUCGUCAAAUGUUCUGCAUGGAGUCCGGUUCAAGCAUGAGCUCAUCACCCUUGGAGGGAAGGGAUGGCGAUCAGAUCACACGUCAGCACAGCGCGGUUCGUCUCAGCUCGGGCAGCCUGCGUGCCUUUGCAGAAGAAAUGGCGGAACUUCGACGCCUCUUGUUGGCACAUCCACGAGCUCAAGGACAAGAGAUUCCCAAGCGCGCCACAGACUUGCUGGAGGAUUUGCAAUCAAGCAUGAUGGAGACGAUUCGCUCAGAAUUCAGGGGCUGCCUUAAGGAGGCUGGGGACAAGAUAGGUCAAGGUGACUCCGCUUCGCUCACCUCUUUGGCAUCUGGCAUCACUUCUCAAAUCCACCACCUGCGGGAUGAUUUGAUUUGCAUGCUCAACAGCGAUGGGAGUGCCCGUGCUGCUUCUCGAAGCCCAGUUCGUGUUCGAGACGAGUCUCCAGUGCCCUCCAUGCCUAUUCAGCCAGUGCCUUUGGCUCGCGUCACGAGCCCACCUUCUGGCUUCAGCACUGAGCCUGUGGUGCGGACAACUCCGCCUCCCUUUGAUCAUCGUGCAGCUACACCACCCUUGGGCAGCCCCCUGUUAGUGGCAACCCCUGGCGCUCCAAAGAUUGCUGGCGCUGUUGGCGCUCAACCUUUGCAGCGGCAGCGACUUGUGAUUCAUGCUUCAACUGGCCAACUUCCUCGACCAGCGACCCGUUCUCCUUCGCCGAACUCCAGUUGCUGUAUGGUGCCUGCCUAUGCAGGAAGGACAGAGACAAGGUCUGUCUCUCCCAUUCCAGGCGGUUCAUAUUGGCAGAUGAAUGCUCCAAGCAGACCAGGAUGGGGCACGGCGCCGGGGCCUGUAUCAGUGAGAUUCAACCGUCCACGCAUGAACCACAUGGGGUCAUCUGGAACCUCUUCAACUCUCACAACCAAUCGCUCCUGGCAAAAUCUUCAGGAACCCGUCACCGCCAAUCCCGUCGCCAUCAGUCACGUCACGGUCCCCAAGCAGCCCACCAGUACCACUUCGGUGACGACACACGCAGAGCAAGUUGAUCCUUCAAAGGCUGUGGGCGAGAAGGCUCCGGUGGAGACCCUGCGCUUGCACCCUGAUUGA